CGUCCAUGUCUUUCCGCCAUGGAAAUAAUGCCAUCUGUUUAAUAAUACUCUUCUUUGCAACCUCUUUCGUUUCUAGGUUUUGGUUUCCCUCUUUUCUCUAAUUCUCUCUAUAAACCCUUCUCGCCGUUUCGUCUAUUAAUUUCUCAAUUCCAAAUUCGGAUUCAUAAUGGCGAUUCUCGUGAACUAAAUCCUUUAAAGGUAUUUACUUGAUCAGGAAACUCGAAAUUGGUCGUGUUGUUUGGUUUGGAGCACAAAGUCUCAUACUUUUUGGUUAAGAUUCAAUCAAAAGAUUCAAAAGGUUACAUCUUUGCUACUGGGUUGUUGAAGUAAUGGACGAUGGUGAGCUUGAGUUUUCGAAUUCGAACAUGGGUGGUGAAUUACCACUUACAAGCUGUUCUAUGGACUCGUUCUUCGAUGAGCUUUUGAGGGAUUCUCAUGCUUGUACUCAUACUCACACUUGUAAUCCUUCGGGACCAGAGAACACACAUACUCAUACUUGUCUCCAUGUGCACACCAAGAUUCUACCUGCUCAGAGUGAAGACAAAGUUUCUACUGAUGAUACAUCUGAAUCUUCAGGGAAGAAGAGCAAAAAGAGACCUUUGGGGAAUAGAGAAGCGGUUAGAAAGUAUAGGGAGAAGAAGAAGGCUAAAGCAGCUUCGUUGGAGGAUGAGGUUAUGAGGCUUAGGGCGGUUAAUAAUCAGCUGAUGAAGAGAUUGCAAGGUCAAGCUGCAUUGGAAGCUGAGGUUACAAGGCUCAAGUGUUUGCUUGUGGAUAUAAGAGGAAGAAUUGACGGAGAGAUUGGUUCGUUUCCUUAUCAAAAACCUGCGGCUGCAAACGUGCCUUACUCAUACAUGAUGCAUCCUUGCAAUAUGCAGUGCGAUGUUGACAACAUGUACUGUCUUCAAAAUGGGAACAAUGGAGAAGGUACGUUGAUGAAUGAGCAAGGGCUGAAUGGGUGUGAGUUUGAUCAGCUAGAAUGCUUGGCUAAUCAGAAUUUAGCUGGCAAGGAGAUCCCUCUCUGUAGUAAUGGAGUUGGAACAUUCACUGUCAAUGGGUCCAGCACUAAUAAGAGAAAAGGUGGACAUCGUGCAGCGAAAGCAGUUUGAAGUAUUGUCGAUCAUGGGAUACUAUCAAUCAUUUUCAUAUUGGUAGUUAAUUUUCUUCCAAUAGGUAGUAGAGUUCAACUGCGUCACCACCUUCCUUGAAGCACAUUUUGUGCUUUUAUCAUUUUUAUUAAUCUCUUUGUUUUUCCUUAUGUAAUUCAAUUUCUUUGUUGAGCUCGUUGAAGCUAGAAAUAAGACUUGUUAAUUAUUGAAAUUGCAGCUUUUAUGGGAUUUUCCUUGAUGAUCCAUAGAGUUGGAUCUCUGAACGGUGCUAUACGUAAAAGAGCAAGAAAGGAAUGAUUUUUGUA